UGCGCUAAUGAGAAACAUGAAGCAGCAGGUGGUUUAUCCGCACACUGUGUGGAUUUAGGACCUUGAGGACGCCAGACGUUCCCAGGACGCCAGAAGCAAACUACACUUCUAGUGUCUUGCAGAGGGAAGCGGGUUAAUAUUGCAACACCACAGAAAAGUUCAAACAAAGUAUGCGCUCUGACGGAGCGGUGAAGCGGCAAGGAUGGGAGCUUCGCAGACGCGCCCCGAGCACAACUACGACGAUCUGACUGACAAAAGUGGAUUUUCACAGGAGCAGAUCAAAAACCUUUACCAGAGAUUCCAGCAGCUGAGUGGAAAUAAUGAAAAAAUAAGCCGAGAUGACCUGGAGCGCAUACCGGCCCUGAACAACAACCCAAUCAGAAAGCAAAUUAUUACUGCAUUCUUCGAUAAAAGGAACCAGCAUCAGAAUGAUGUUGGCUCCCUUGACGAGAUUGGCUUUGAGCAGUUCCUCAUGGUCAUGUCCCACUUCCGCCCUGUGAAUUCAACAGCGACAGAAGAAGAGAAGGCGUCUGUAAGAAAACAAAAGCUUCGCUUCCUGUUCAACAUGCACGACACAGACAAUGAUGGCAUUAUUACUCUGGAUGAGUACAGGACGGUGGUAGAGGAGCUGCUGUCUCAAAGCGGAGCCAUUGAGACCGAGGUUGCCAGGGCGAUAGCAGAUGCUGCCAUGCUGGAGGUGGCAAGCACAAAUGUGCCCCACAUGGCCCCGGAUGAUUUCUAUGAAGGAAUCACAUUUGAGCAUUUUGAACAGAUUUUAAAAGGCAUUGAAAUGGAGUCCAGGAUGUACAUUCGCUUUUUGGACAUGAACACCGCAACAAUGCGUUGUGGGAAAUUAAGCUCUUGAUUGGGUUGUUGUUGUAAGGAAAUGUUUAUGUUGCUGCUGUUUUAGCACAGUGUCACCAGUUGUAAAAAGGAAUGAAGCCAGCCACUUCUGAUAUAAAUAAAUAAAUAUAUAAAGACAAACAAAUAUAUUUUUGAACAGGACAAAAUGCUAAAUAAAUGUAACACACUGCUGUAAGUUCAUUUUCAUGCCAGUUUUAAACACUGCAUGUCACUUGUGCCUUUCUAGAGUUCUUCAAUUAAGCUUUAAGAAUUCAGUUUUUAUGUUUUAUUAUCUGAAAAAUAGCUGGUAUGAACGAAUGCAGUGAGGUUUAUAUUUAGGCUUUGGUCACAACACACACCAGUCUCUCAGCACUACAACUAUUCUACAAGCUCCACUGCAGUCAGCAGGUAAUGUGAGGGCUUCUUUAUACUAGAGAGAAUCUUCACUUUAGCUUAAGUCAGUCAUACUCAGUGGCUACUCUGGCAUUCAUGGGUCAACUGUUAUGGCAUCCAAAGUGAGACGCUGCAGGCACACACCAUUUCCUCUGUAGCUCCAGAAUAGCUCUUUUUGCUGUGUUCCUCUGUGUAACCAACCACUACUGAUGUACUGUAGAAAAAUGCACUAUUUUUGAUUACUGGUAUAUGGGAGAGUGUACUUUCUCUAAGGUGAAAUCUGACAGCCCU